GGCAGGCGGUGGGUGACGGUUGGCCACAGGGACCAGGACGGCGACAUGGCAGCGGCACUCCUUGUGGUUCUGGGGUUCACCCUGCUGGGCAUCGAGAGCGGCUCUGGAGCGGGGAGCAAUAUCUCGACUUCCAUACUUGAUGAUGGCUCCAAAACACGCCUCACCUGCACCUUGAAUUCCAGUGACACGGCCAUCCUGGGACACCGCUGGAUGAAAGGGGACCGGGUGGUCCAGGAGGACUCGCAGCCCGAUCUGACAACCGAGUACGAGGUAGACCCAGAGGAGCUCCCGGGACAGUACUUCUGCACCUUCCUCUCGGAGCCUGCAGGCAGAACCGCCAGCUUGACUGUGAACGGGCCCCCCAAGAUUGAGGCUGUGACCAAGUCCGAGCUGGGCAUCGAAGGGGAGCGAGUGGUGCUGGUCUGCGAGUCUCGGUCCUUCCCCCCGGUCACCGAGUGGGCGUGGUACAAGAUCAACGACACCGGCGACCAGCUUCUCAACAACAAGUCCCAGAACAAGUUCGUGGUGUCCUCGGAGACCAGGACGGAGUUGCACAUCCAGGAACUCGACCUGAAGGCGGACCCUGGCCAGUACGCCUGCUAUGGCACCAACUCCGAGGGCAAGGAACGGGCCAUCAUCACGCUGCGCCUGCGCAGCCGCCUCGCUGCCUUGUGGCCCUUCCUGGGCGUGGUGACCGAGGUGAUCGUGCUGGUCACCAUCAUCUUAGCCUGCGAGAAGUGUCGGAAGCCAGAGGAGGUCCUGGGUGAGGAAGACACGGGCUCUGCUCCACCAAAGACCAGUGGGCACCGCGUGAAUGACAAAGACAAGAGGAACGCCAACUGACCGAGCGAGAGGUCGCCGGUCACAAUGCCUGGCAUCCUGCCGGCCCCAAGCCAGUCCUGUCCCAUCACCGCAGGUCUGUGUGACCUGGUACUGCCUGACUUCAGGGCCGCCCCUCCGAGGAUCCCCCUCACUGCUCCUGCCAUCCCCACGCUGGGAGGCGGGGGAGGGUCUGGGUGACCAUCAUGGACUGGGAGUCCCAUUCCCCCCUGUGCCCAUGGUGACUGAAGAAACCCCCUCCUCAGGUGGGCCUGAGGCUUCUUCCUCCAUAGCAUCCUGACUCUCAUGGGAGCCCCCAGCCCCACCUGCCUGCCUGCUCACCAAUAAAGGCUGACCCACUUUUCCAGAAAAAAAAAAAAAAAAUGUGAGCAAAUUUGCCCACAGUCCACAGCUUGUGCAUGGCCACGCCUGUUUAAAUGCGGGCCACUCUUGCUCCAAAGUCUCUGAUGCUUUCCAAUCACAAGGUUCCACAGGCAAGAAACGUUAUGGGGAAGAAAGAGGCAAGGAAGGGCAUUCGUGAGAGAGAAGAGGGAAAAAUAAAUAGUAAAUACCUACUCAGAUGUGACAUUUUCCCCAUAAAUACUUCCGAUUUCUUGGGCUAUUUUAUCUUAUUAGUGGAAUAAUUUCCAUAAAGCAGUUUUCUAACUCAGAAAACAGCAUUGCUCUGCAUCUAGUUGCUCAAGUCAUCCUUGAGUUCU